AUGUCGUCGUACCUGGAGAAGCAGUCCGCCGCGUUCCGGGGCACCCUCGCGUCGGCCGCAUCCAAGCUGUCCAACCCGUCGGCCGUCAAGGCGGCCUCGCUCGCGCCCCCGUCACCGUCACCGUCCGCCGCGUCGGACAGCGCCACGCCGACGGCGAAGCGCAAGCGGGAUGCCGUACCCGAUGUGCCCUUCUCGCAGCCGCAGCUCACGGGCUACGGCGCCGAGGUCAAGACGCAGAUGACCUUUGCGGUCGACUACCUGAAGAAAAAGGGCGAGCCGAAGAGCAUCACGGACAUCAUCGACCACCUGAGCCUGCGGGCGUACUCGGACGAGCACAAGAAGGAGCUGACGGACGGGCUGAGGGGUCACCCGCGCGUGGACUGGCGGCCGGAUCCGAACCUGACGGAGCAGACGUGGAAGACGGGCACGUACACGCACCGGCCCAUCAUCCCCGGCGUGAAGGACGCGACGUCCCUGCUGGCACACCUGCAGCGCAAGACGGACGCCUCGGGCGUGUCGGUGAAGGACCUCAAGGACGGCUGGCCCGACUGCGAGGAGACGCUCGCCCAGCUCGAGCGGCAGCACAAGGUGCUCGUCGUGCGCACUAAGAAGGACAACUUCCCGCGCUACGUUUGGGCCGACGACCCGUCGCUCCAGCACGCCGUGCAGCCAGAGUUCCAGUCCAUGUGGCACCGCGUGCCCCUGCCGUCGCUCGACGACAUGCACCGCAAGCUGGUCAACGUCGGGCAGAAGCCGACGAGCGAGGACCCGCGCAAGGCGGCGCAGGCAGCGGGCGCCGGCAAGCCAAAGACGCAGAAGAAGCGCGCCGGCAAGAGGAUGGGUAAAGCGACUAAUGUGCACAUGGCGCACCUCAUGCAGGACUACAGCCACAUCCGCAGGUGA